UGCUCGGCGUCUCUGCCACCUUCAGCCCGCGUCCGCCGCCACCCGGCGCGUCCCCGCCGCCGCCUCGAUCCCUGCGCUCGGGUGCGCGCACUCCCUCGCUUGCUUCCUGCCGCUGCCGCCGCCGCCGCGGCCAUGGCGACCUGCUUUCGGCUGCGCAGCUGCCUGGCCGCGCACCUCCCGCCCGCGCCUCUGAGCCGCCGUCUCCGCCGCCGGGCCCCGAUCCGCGGCUACGCCGGGGGCCCGGCCGGCCUUUCCUCGGCGCUGCUGCGCACCGACAGCUUCGUGGGCGGCCGCUGGCUCUCGGCCCCCGCCACCUUCCCCGUGCACGACCCGGCCAGUGGCGCCGAGCUGGGCUUGGUGGCCGACUGCGGGGUGGCUGAGGCCCGCGCGGCCGUGCGCGCCGCCUACGAGGCUUUCUGCAGCUGGAGGGGGGCCUCGGCCAAGGAGAGGAGUUCUUUACUUCGAAAAUGGUACGAUUUAAUGAUACAAAAUAAGGAUGACCUUGCCAAGAUAAUUACAGCUGAAAGUGGAAAACCGCUGAAAGAAGCACAGGGAGAAAUUCUCUAUUCUGCCAAUUUCCUGGAGUGGUUUUCAGAGGAAGCCCGCCGCAUUUACGGAGACAUUAUCUAUACCCCGGCAAAAGAUAGGCGGGCUCUGGUCCUCAAGCAGCCCCUUGGUGUGGCCGCAGUCAUCACCCCGUGGAACUUCCCCAGCGCCAUGAUCACGCGCAAGGUGGGGGCCGCCCUGGCAGCCGGCUGCAGCGUCGUGGUGAAACCUGCGGAGGACACGCCCUUCUCUGCCCUGGCCUUGGCCGAGCUCGCAGACCAGGCUGGAAUCCCUCCGGGUGUAUACAACGUUAUUCCCUGCUCUCGAAAGAAGGCCAAGGAAGUAGGCGAAGCACUUUGCACGGAUCCUCUGGUGUCCAAAAUUUCCUUUACUGGCUCAACAGCCACCGGAAAGGUCCUGUUGCACCAUGCAGCAAACUCCGUGAAAAGGGUGUCCAUGGAGCUGGGCGGCCACGCCCCAUUCAUCGUGUUCGACAGCGCCAACGUGGACCAGGCUGUCGCAGGCGCCAUGGCCUCCAAAUUUAGGAACUCUGGACAGACUUGCGUUUGCUCAAAUCGUUUCUUGGUGCAAAGAGGCAUCCAUGAUUCCUUUGUGAAAAAAUUUGCCGAGGCAAUUAAAACAAACCUGCGCGUGGGGAACGGAUUUGAAGAGAGAACUACUCAAGGCCCGUUAAUUAAUGAGAAAGCAGUAGAAAAGGUAGAGAAACACGUGAGUGAUGCUGUUUCCAAAGGGGCCACCGUUGUGACAGGUGGGAAGCGACAUCAAGUUGGAAAAAAUUUCUUUGAGCCCACCCUGCUCAGCAACGUCACCCAGAACAUGCUCUGCUCUCAGGAAGAGACUUUCGGGCCUCUGGCCCCUGUUAUCAAGUUCGAUACAGAGGAAGAAGCUGUGGCGAUCGCAAACGCAACCGAUGUCGGGUUGGCAGGUUAUUUUUACUCUCAAGACCCGGCGCAGAUCUGGAGAGUGGCAGAGCGCCUGGAAGUCGGCAUGGUUGGCGUCAACGAAGGGCUGAUCUCCUCCGUGGAGUGCCCUUUCGGUGGGGUGAAGCAGUCCGGCCUUGGGCGAGAGGGGUCCAAGUAUGGCAUCGAUGAGUAUCUGGAACUCAAGUACGUGUGCUUUGGAGGCUUAUAGGAUUCUUCAGUUCUUUAAAAAAUUAAAGAGGAAGCUUACCUACAUCUAGGGGGAGUGCCAACCAUUAUUUUAAAUAAACUCAUUGGGGUAUCUGAAUUAGGAACUUUUUAAAGCUUAACUGACCCUCAUAACCUUAAGCAGAUGUGAAUUUCCCCCCAUCCCGCUAGCUGACUAGGUACCAAUAUAUGCCAUGUGCCUGUGGCUGCAGACUGCCCGAGAAGCAGCACUGGGUUCACAGAAUGAAGCCCUGGACCCCACCCUAUCUGCCUCAGAGCAAGGUGCAGUGUGAGGGCGGCUGGCCCCUGCAGCCUGUCACUGCCCAAGCAAGGACACAGCCGUCACCCAUGUGGCUCCAGAGCUUAGACCCAGAGGCCUGCAAGGGAGACCCUGAGUGGGACUGACAGGCUGGUCGGGGGUAUACAGCACCCUGGCAAUCUGCCAGCUCAACACGACACUUGCUGGGUGUUCAGAGGUGUUGCUGCAGAGGCUGAAUCAAUCAUUUUUAAGAGUUCAGAAGAAAUAGCACAGAACUGCCUGUGUUUCCUUGUGGAAUGAAGGAACCCCUCCCCCUUUUUCUGGACCAUUUUUUAAAAUCAAAGUCUUCAUCAUCUUAACUGCUGAAAGAUUUUGUUCUCAUUUCUGCCCUGUCUUCAUUUUGUUCCCCUUGGAAACGAGCCUAAGCAUAAAACAAAGCAAGGAGCAACGUCUUGGGAGGAUGGACAGCACACACAUGACUGAGCAGGGGCUCUGUUCCCAUGGACGUACGUGCCAUUCGGCCCCCGUCGCCCAUGGAGAGUGAAGACGUUAUGCAUGCCUUCUGUAGCUCAGUGGCAUGUUGUGAGCCUCAGACAAAGCAAAAGUAGUUGCCAAAAAAUGAAAAUUCGAUGUAAGUACAGAAGCCAUUAUUACAUGAGCAGCCCGCCCAGCCCCACUUUGCCAAGUUUGAGAGGAGGCCAGUACCCACCUGCCCACCCCCUGAGCCUGCGUGAGGGCUUGUCACCUGCAGCCUGGUUUCGCUGUCUUUGUGAGAUGCUGCUCCUUCACCUGCAAAAGCACUUUCACCACAGUGUAAGGAAAAAGAAUUCCCACAACUGCCUAUUAGAAGAGGCAUGAGGUUUUGACUUUCAGGCGCCUUUUAUCCAAUAAGAGUUUUUUUAGUUCAUCAUGUAAAAACAAAAACAAAAGCACUGUGGCUGGUGUUUCCUGUCAUUCCGAAGGAAAAGCUCUGAUUAGGAAAAGUCUAGGUAUUUCUGUACUGUGUGUCUCCAUCCAUCCUGAGACACGAGGAAAAGGAAUAAGGGUUGUUCCUGGCUGAACAGAUGGGGAUGAAGCCCCUUCCUUUCCACUCACUCUGUGUGCAGACUCCACUGACAUUCUGUGGAUGCUCUGGGGAGUCUAUUAACAAUAAAAAUACUCUAACAUUAGUUUUUAGAAGUCUGGUGGGGGUAUAGCUCAGUGGUAGAGCACAUGCUUAGCAUGCACAAGGUCCUGGGUUUAAUCCCAAGUACCUCCAUUUAAAAAAUAAGUAAAUAAAUAAAUAAACCUAAUUAACCCCCUGCCCAAAAUAAUUAGAAAAAAUAAAUCUGAGGUUAUCCUAUUAAAAAAAGAAACUUCAUCCUCUCUUAAUCAAACUUCAUCUGCUCUUGAAAUAUAAGUAAAAAACACAAUCUCUUUAAAAAACAAAAGAAGUUUGGAAUACUGAUAGCUUGGAAUGUUUGGAGGAAUACAUUCAAAUACACUUGUAACUUUGUCAGCCAGUGGGUGCCUUGGCUGCAUGACAGAUUUUGAGUUUUUUCAUAUAUGUGGCUCACCAGGUACGUACAUGGAGGCCCAAAGACUCAUCGCAAUAUCUUUGAUUAAUUUUGGAAUUAAAAUAAUUUGAAAAGGAAAUAGCUGACAGUUUAGUAAAAUUGGUCUCGGUCGUGGGGAAAUAAGUAUUUUUAAAUAAACAUUUAGGGGGGUAUUUUUCAAUAAGGUAACCAUAUAUGGUGGAUUUUUUAAAAUGUAUGUUAAAAUAUGAAGUGGAACAGUACCAUUAGACCAGGGAUUGACCACAAGCCAAAUCCAGCCUGCCAUCUGUUUUUGUGCAACCCAGAGCGAAGAGUGGUUUUUCCAUAUUCUCAAAUGGUUGGGGGAAAAAAAAUCAAAAGAAUAGUAUUUCGUGACACAUGAAAAUUAUAUGAAGUUCAGAUUUCAGUGUCCAUAAAUAAAAUUGUACUGGAACGCAGCCAUAACCGUUCAUUUACCAUGUGGUCUAUGGCUACUUUCUUGGCAGAGCUGGAUACUUGCAACACAGACAGUAUUGCCCACAAAGCCUAAAAUAUUUACUCUUUGGCUCCUUAUAGAAAUAGUUGGCCAAUCCCUGAGCUAGACCAAGAGGGCGAUGUUGACUUGCCCACAUUUAUGAGGCAUUAUUUCAUUUUAUUGAACACCUACUGUGUCAAAAGUACUUUUCAGGGCCCACUCCAGUGAGUUCUCACCAAGAACUUCCCAGCAAUUAUCACAUAACUCAGAUAAAAUCACUCAGUUAACAGGAGUCUAUUGGGCUUGAGAAAACACAUCUCAAUUUACUUUCCCCAGCUAUGGAAGGAUUCUCAUUUUAAAAGCUCAUCUGUACCUGUUAUCUUUAACCAUUUGAGUGGCUUUUAAAUACCAUUUUAUGUCAAGUGCUAGUUCUUCUACCCUUAUUUUUAUGGAAAGACUCGAUCAAAGUAUAGAUCAGAAGCACAAUGCGAAUAAAUUUAUUUUAUUGUAAACUUUUAUUAUUAACUUUAAACUGCCUUUAGAAGCCACAGGACUGCCUUCUCUGAUGGCUGGAGCCCAGGGCUGUAAUUAUUCAUGGGCAGCUAUGGUAGAUAGCAUUUUACUUGAAUAUCUAUGCUGUGAUUUUUUUCAUGCCAUAAUUCAUGGGCUAAAACUUGAGAGUAAGUGUCGUGAGAAGUGUGGAAAUAUUUUGCUUUUUAAGCAUGUGCCGGUAACUCAUUUUUCCAGGUUUUGAUAACUGUAUACGUGUGUCAGUGUCUUGUCAGCAGAGAUGUGUGUGUGUAAUUAAUAAAUGUGGAAUUAAGAGAA